GAUGCCCUUGCAGCUCGUGCACCAGCAAAGUCUCUAUUCGAUCUUCUCCCUGUUCUCGAUUCUUCCCGGGAAACGGGAACAGCCAGAAACAAACUCGGGGCCCAUUACCACAUGGUGGGCGCGGCAGACGCAUUUGUUGUCAGGGGCAGGAUUCGACGUUUUUCAUCCAGCUGCUUUGACUAUUAUGCUCGUACUUAUUCUACAGUUACACGGAUACGCAGUACAUCGUCCAAUUCACCCGUUCUCUCCUCCCUCACUCGCUAGUUUUCCACUGGCAUCGUUCGCACGCCUCGCCUCGCCUCGCCUCGCAACUACGCUUCCUUGUGCACCCAGACGUUAUUCGCUAUCUCGUCGCCGUGCCCCGACCCGGAUGACGCACGCGUGCAAAGGUGCAACACCGACACGACGCGUUGCUGCACGCGUCACGCCCGUCAGCUUGCGACCAUCCAACGACAAUACAGGACGUACCCAUAAUCCUUGUCGCAGCGACACAGAAUCCUGGCCCGACUCGACGCGGAAGCGGAUGCAGAUCGCGCCGGUGCCGGCGUGCUGACUGUCUGCGUCGUCACGUUCGCUCGCCACGCUGAGUCUGUGUUCCUGGUAGAAGCUGCGCGCGUACAGAUCUUGGGACUGGGACGCGCGUGUAUCAGCCAUGCGGAUCCUAGAACGAAGCAGCAGACACUCGCCUCGAUGUGGGAGAUGGGCGAAUGGAUCUCGUCGCGCGUCGUGCGCGAGUAGUCCGUCUUGGCGAACGAGUUGCGGAUCCGUGUCUUUGGGAGGGGCUGGUCCCUCUCUUCGAAAAUGCCUGCACUGCGAGAGGGCGAAAGGCGUCCGAGUUUGCGAGCGGAGCGCCUCGUCUUGAACGAGGACAAGUCAGGCAUGGGCGCAGUACAAAGAGCGAGGGGAGGGCUGCAACGACGCGUAUUGUUUCGUGGGUUACAAGACUUUCGACGCGGUGUGGGAUAGAUCGAGUGUUCUCCGUCUGACGAGUGGAGAUCGGUGGCUCGUGGGUCGAGUCAGACGCGCGAGCAGUCGAAGCAGCCAUUGGCGACAACGUGGUGUUCGAUCGAACCGUGGGUGUGAGAAUAAUCAUGCUGCGGGCAUUCAUGACUCAACUCCGUAUUCCAACAUCAGCAAUGGAGUUACUUGUCUUAAUUUUCCGGUUUCGACUCAUAGGCAACGAAUGAAACUUCUCUUGUCGAAGCACUGAGCAGCUCAAGAACAUGAAAACGCAGC